AUUGGAUUUUGGAAUUGACAUAACAAAAAUAAUUCUAUAGUCUUCUGCAAGCACAAACUUUAAAAUAUAUCUAUUCAGGAUUGUGAAAUUAUAUGUUGGAAAAUGGUGGACCCCAUAUUUGACUAUCAGUUUAGACUCAUUUUAAUCGGAGAUAGCACAGUGGGGAAAAGUUCAUUGUUAAAAUAUUUUACAGAUGGAAAAUUUGCUGAGCUAUCCGAUCCUACUGUGGGCGUAGAUUUCUUUGCGCGUAUCAUCGAAGUCCAGGAUGGCACGAGGAUCAAAUUGCAACUUUGGGAUACUGCUGGACAGGAAAGGUUUAGGUCAAUUACGAAGUCGUACUAUAGGAACUCAGUCGGGGCGCUUCUUGUGUACGAUGUUUGUAAUAGAUCAAGUUUUGAACAUAUUCCUCUUUGGAUGAUGGAAGCUAAGAGGCAUAUUGAGCCUCACAGACCUGUGUUUGCUCUUGUUGGGUGUAAAAUAGACUUAGUCGGUACCGACAAUAAGAGUGGAGCUAGGAGAGAAGUGUCCUGUGAAGAGGCCAGAUUGUUUGCUGAAGAGAAUGGUUUACACCAUGUCGAAACAUCAGCAAAAAGUGGUUUAAAUGUGGAACAAGCAUUUAUACUUGUUGCUCAAGAAGUGUACAAUAGAAUUCAGACAGGAGAGUAUAAGGUGGAAGAUGGCUGGGAUGGGAUUAAAACAGGGUUUAACCGACCAAACGGUAUGGACUUUAAUUUGCUGGAGGCGGAAGCUGUUCAAUCAACAUGCUGCUAAUCUCCAGCAGUAAUAAUAGAUGAGUUAUCUUGAUGUAGAUACAUAGUAGUAUCUCAUAUGCAAAGCAUAACAACCAGAUGAUAAAUUGUUGAAUGUUCUGACUGUUUCGUAAAUAAUACAGUAUUAGAAUAGAUAACCUUUUAAGGACAGCCUUUUUAAAAUUUAAGAAUAACAGUGGAAAUAUUUGAAAUUGAGAACAUACCAACUAAUAUUAAAUAUUUUAUGAAACAUUUGUUUUGUUUCUGCCUUCUAACAUUAAUUUCCUAGUGCUGAUUAUCAUAAUGUCCUACUCAAUACUGUAUUAUUUAUCACAAAUAAUAUAAAAAUCCUGCAAGUUGGCACAGUCAGUAAACGGCAAUUUUAUUUACAGAACAACUUUUUUUUUCAUAAACUUUUAUUUGUGAAAUUAUAUUAUAUUGUAUUCAAAUUUAAUUAAUAGCACAAAAAUUGAUACAUUUUGCUCUAAAACAAUCUUUGUAGACUUAUAUUCAUCACAAUUUCAAAUAGUUUCACAUUAUGAGCACAUACCAUAGAUAUGUACUAUAGGUAUACCUAUAUUUUAUUAAUAUUUUUUUGCCAUAAUAUUCUUUAACUAUGUGUUAAUAUUUUGUCCAUAGAAUAAAUAUUUCCUUUUAUUUAUUGUAAAUAUUGUUAAUAGCCCCAUCUAAUCAACCAAAGAGUUGAAACAUUUUAUAUAAUGUCUGUUAGUGUAUAGUGUGUACUGGCAUUAAUAAUUUCCUUUGAAAUUACUCUGUGUAAUUUUAAGUACAUGUAUGUACACUGUGCAAUACACAAUUGGCCUGUGAUUUUAUGUAAAUAAACUGAAAUAAUUCAAUCACAAUUUGGGCUCAAGGCAAAAUUAUCAAGGGUCAAUGAUUGAUGGUUCAAGCUGAGAAUGUUUAAUUUAACUGUUUUUUUUUUACAGUAAUUUGUGGCAAAAAGUUGCAACUUAUUAAUGCCAAUAAUUUAUCUAAGUAUCUAAAACCAUGUAACCAAAUGGGAAGGUAGUGACUAACAUAAAUUAGUAAAGAUUUUGUACCUGCAAAAUAACAAUGUAAUGAUGUAAUGUUAUUUUAAGUGUUUAAAUUGUUAAUAAUUAUGGUAAUUUAUGAUAUUAUAAACAAUGUUUAAGUUA